AUGGGGAGGAAGAAAUCGCGGCCGGUUCGAGCUGCGGGCGCUGCCUCUGCGGCGGCCGAGGCCGACCCCUACGCGCCGAGCCCUAGCGGCAGCACGAAGCGUGGGACCAAGGGCGAUGCGAGGAGAGACGUCUGCGUGGAGGUGGAUAGGAGCACGUGGGGUCACGCCGACGUUGACCACCGCGAUAUCGCCGAGGUGGUCCUCCGCGACGUGAGCGUCUCCGGCGACGGGGAUGGGGAAGGUGCGUUGGAGGAGGCAUUCGGGGCGUCGACGUUCUCGUUGCGUCUGCGGGUGCGCGACGCGCCGGAGGAGGGGUUCAGGAUGGGCCAGUGGCCCGUUAUGCCGUCGGAUUGCGUGCUCCUGGAGUAUGUCGUCCAUGAGAGUCGUGAAGGGAAGCACGCAGAAUAUGUGGUCUCAGGGUGUUUUGAUGGUCCUGAUGAAGGUGUAUCGGGUCUCGCCCAUUUGGUGAGCUUGAGAUUCAUCACGCUCCGGGUUCAAUGGUUCAGAGCAUUUCAGGAUAUGGGUGAGGCGAGGGUUGAGUCAUUUAGGAUUAGAGUGGAGGUGAUGGAACAGGCUUUCAGCGCGUGCGAAUCGCUGCUGGAGGUGGCUAGGCAUCCAUGGAGAAAGAGUUUGAUGAAUAUGAUGGCUUGGCUGCGUCCUGAGGUCACUACAUCGGCAGCCAUAUAUGGGUUGGAUGACCUUGGUGUGCCAAUGGAUGAUGGUGGUAAUGCUGAUUUGACACCGAAGAAUGAUUCACAGUUUGAUCUUGCCGCUUUUUAUGAGGCCGUUAAGCCUUCGAUUAAUGCAGAACAGUUGGAAGAGGACCUUCCUGAUUUAGUUCCUCAGCUCAGACCAUAUCAACUUCGUGCAGCACAUUGGAUGGUUCAACGUGAAAAGGGAAAUAUACCCCAUCAAGAAUAUGCUAAUCCUGCACCAUAUUGUGUUCCUAUUGAUUUUAUUCACAAGAAUUCCAGGAUGUUCUAUAAUCCGUUCAACGGAAAUAUUUCAUUGCAACCAGAGCCUUCUCCACCUUAUGUCUCUGGGGGCAUUUUGGCUGAAAUGGAUCAAAUUAAGAGGCAGAAAGUAGAAAGGGUUGAGUGCAUCUGUGGUGCUGCGAGUGAAAGUUCUGCAUACACGGGUCUAUGGGUUCAAUGUGACAUUUGUGAUGCUUGGCAACAUGCUGAUUGUGUUGGUUACUCACCCAAGAAAGAUAUACUUUUUGAUGAUACCGCUGAAGUUGUAGCAUCAACAAACAAAAAAAGCACCAUGAAGUCUGGAAUUAGAAGGAAAAAGAAACCCAGGUGUUCUGUUGUUGAGACAGAAGACAAAUACAUUUGUGCACUGUGCUUGGAGCUUACUGAAGCAACUCAAACUAAUAUACUCAGCCAUGCUACAUUGAUAGUAUGUCCCGCACCAAUAUUGGCACAAUGGCACUCUGAGAUUACCCGACACACAAGGCCAGGAUCUCUGAAAGUUUGCAUUUAUGAAGGUGCAAGGAACUUGGAUCUUGCUACCAUCCAAAAAAAUGAGAUGACUGAGAUAAGUACUGCUGAUGUUGUCUUGACAACCUAUGAUGUCUUGAAAGAAGAUCUAUCACAUGAUUUUGACCGUCAUGAUGGUGAUCGCCGCUUCUUGAGAUUUCAAAAGAGGCAAGUAAUGUUUAGUUUUCACAAUGAAGGUUGA